ACUUCAAUAGCACGCACAAGUCCAGAGCUGCCAGCAAGUACCAAACUAACCUACUUACUGACGACCAGCGAGUGGAGCUUGUCUAAUGGGGCUUUUGAAAACACCGCACUUUUCCUUCAAAAUAGGCGCCGGCGUCUUAAAAUGACGAGCAAACGGAAGAAGUCGGAGAUUGUGAACAACGUCAACUCCAAGUCCGAAGACAAAGUGUCGAUGUCUCCCAUCAUCUCUGCUCUCACACGCAACGUUGCUCUUAUGGACAUCAACCAGAGGACACUGGAGAAAUGCCAUAACCUCUCGGCAGAAGAAUUUACAGACACAUUAAUGCUCCAGUCCAGAGUCAAAGAACAGUCCAAUCUGAUCUGUGUAUUGAAAGACAGAUCAGACGAACUAUUCCACCAAAGUCAAAACCUGCAGCAAGCCAAGACACAGCUAGAGAUGCAACUUGAGAUCUGUCAAAAAGAAAUGUCGCAAAAGCAGGCUAGAGCAGAGGUGGUAGAAAAGCGGUUCAUGGAUUUAGAUGCCAACAGUCGAUCGAUCAUUGUGUUCAUGGAGGAGUACAAACAUCAGAACGCGCAGUUGAAGCUGGAGAACAAGCAACUGCAGAAGGAAAACGACACACUUUUCUCCCAGAAGUUACAUGAUAAAGAGAUGGUGCUGGAACAACUUGCACUGGACAUCAAAGUGCUGACAGAGGAGUUCACAAACAAGGAGCGGGAAUAUCAGGAGAAAAUGGCAGAAAUUGAAUCGACAUCCUUUACAGAAUUAACAGAGCAUGAAGAGAGGGAGGCGUCACUACUUGAACAACUGCAUGUAUCGAAGAAACAACAUGAAGCUGCAGAGCAGAUGUGUAAAGACUUAAAGCUGAAAGUUCAUAAAGCAGAGGAUCAGCACACUUUGAAGGAAGCCACUAUGAGCAAAAGCAUUACCUGCCUCACCAAAGAGCGAGACAAGCUGCUGCGCAUCUGUAUGGAAAGAGAGAACACCAUACAGGAGAAGCAUGAGGAACUCAGGCAUCUAGAGUUACAAUACAAGGAGCAGAAGAGAGCCCGGACAAGAGUAGAAGAAAGGUUUAAACGCGAAGCAGAAGCAGUUAAUGCAGAUAAAAAAGUGAAGUCUCUCAAGAUGGCCAUUGAAGAAGCCAAGACAAAGUAUGAGACGCUCAACAAGGACUUCGAGGCCUUCAAAGAACACUGCACCGGUCUCCUUAACAAAGAAAGAGAGUUGAACAAGAUACUACGACACUUGAGGAGCUAAUCCUACAGAUUUUACAAAUCUUGCUCAAUAAUAGGUUCCAAUGAGAAACUACGAGCAUUAU